AUGUCUAGAAGUUCUUUCAUAGAAAAAGGAGAUCCCUCUUCCAAGGUUCAAGUUAUCAUAUCAUCAUCAUCAGAUCAUAUUUCCACACAAACCCAGGAGCCAACACCCAUUGAAGCUCAAGCUAGUGUCAACACAGGGGUUGAACAGAGUUCCUUGAAACAAGAGCUGCAUGAAUAUGCACUCCGGAAUGAGUGGCACAAAGCAAAAUCCAUCUAUGAAGAGUUUCCUGAAAUGGUACGUAUUCCCUUAACUUCUAGUGGAGACACAGCUCUUCAUGUUGCGGUGAGCGCAAACAGCACUGAUUUUAUGAGAGAGCUUGUGAACUUUGAACACGUGACCCAACAAGACCUGGAAUUACGAAAUGCACAUGGGCACACAGCACUUUGCUUGGCUGCAAUUACAUGGAACCGUGAUGUUUUCCAAAUUAUGAUUCAAAAUAAUGAAAAUUUGGCACUGAUUCAUGCACAAUAUGGAAUGCUUGCGGUUCACUUGGCUGCUUUGACUGGAUACCAUGAAAUUGUGCAAGAUCUAUCCUCGGAUAAUCUACUUCAGAAAAUGGAUUUUAAGGAUAUUCAACGACUCUUUUUCAUGACCAUUAAUAGCAGCAUGUAUGAUGUGGCAACAGAUUUAGUUCAGAAAUAUACAGAGCCUUUGAUCAUUGCAAGAAACGAUGAAGAGAAUCUAACAGCUUUGCAUAUGCUGGCGCGAAAGCCUUCAGAAGAGAAUAAACAUGUACAUGACCAUAUAAUAUAUGAUCAACUAAUGGUAUUUGACACUUUAUGGGCACGAGCUAGAGAAACAUUGGAAUACAAGAAUAGAUUGGAGCUGAUAACUGAACCUUCAAUAGUACUGUUUGAUGCAGUAAAAUCAGGAAAACUUGAUUUUGUGAAAUCGCUUCUUUACAUGACCCCUGAAUUGUUACCGAUAAAGGACCCCAAAAAUGGACAGAGCCUGCUGCACAUUGCUGAAGUGGAGAUGGGUGUCCCUCCUGAAUUAAGUACAAUGAGAAACAAAGAUGGCAAGACACCAAAUGAUUUGUUUCAUGCUAAUCAUAGAAAGUUAUCUGACGAAGUUAAAGACACGGCCAAAGGAGUAGCCACUUAUAAUCAUGCUAGGAGUGCUGGCAGAGAAAAUGGAGACGAUACCUCCUCCAACCUUCAAGUUGUAAUAUCAUCAUCAUCAGAUCCUAUUUCCACACAAACUCAGCAGGAGCCAGCAGUACCUGAGGAUGCCAAUUUGUUGGGUAAAGGACUCUGGAAGGUUUUAUAUUAUAUUUCUAAAACAGUAGACAAGAAAAGUUUUUGGUUUACAGGUUCCUUGAAAGGGCGCCUGCAUGACUAUGCACUCCUAAAUUGGUGGUUCAGCGCAAAACCCAUUUAUGAAGAGUUUCCUGAUAUGGUGCGCAUUCCCUUAACUGCUAGUGGAGAUACAGCUCUUCAUGUUGCAGUGAGCAGAAACAGCAUUGGUUUUGUGGAAGAGUUUGUCAACUUUGAACAUGUGACCCAACAAGACCUUGAAUUACGAAACGGAAAUGGGAACACAGCAUUUUGCAUAGCUGCAGUUACAGGGAAUCGUAAGCUUCUACAAGUUAUGAUUCAAAAGAAUGAAAACUUGGCAUUGAUUCAUGGGCAAGAUGGGAUGCUUCCAGUUCACUUGGCUGCUUUAGGUGGCUACCACGAAAUCGUGGAAGAUUUGUCCUCUGAGAAUCUACUUGAGAAAAUGGAUGUCAAGGAUAUACAACAACUCCUUUUCAUGGCCAUUAACAGCGACAUGUAUGAUGUGGCAACAAAAUUAGUUAAGAAGUAUCCAGAGCCUUUGCUCAUUGCAAGAGACGAUAAAGAAAAUCUAACAGCUUUGCAUAUGUUGGCGCGAAAGCCUCACAACAGUGAAGAUGAAUUAACACAACUGAUUUUGUUUUCAACAUUAUUGACACAAUCAGAAGACUUGCAAUUCAAUUUUUUCUGGGAGUUGAUUACUAAACCUUCAGUGGUACUGUUUGAUGCUGUAAAAUCGGGAAACUUUCUUAUAGUGAAAACGCUUCUUUUCACGUAUCCUGAACUAUUAGCAGUAAAGGACCCUAAAAAUGAACAGAACAUACUGCAUAUUGCUGUUUUAUUUCGACAAAAUAGCAUCUUUGACUUUAUACUAAAGGCGAAUCCAAAGCUUUUAAUACGGGCAGUUGAUGAAGAUCGUAACAAUAUUCUACACUUAGCUGCAUGUCAGCAAAAAGAAGCAUCAUUAAGUUUGAGACCAGACAUUCGAAUGCGAAGAGAGCUGGCAUGGUUUAAGGAGGUGGAGAAAAGAGUUCCUCCAGAAUUAAGAGCAAUGAAAAACAAAGAUGGCAAAACACCAAAUGAUAUGUUUUAUGCAAAUCAUAGGAAGUUAUCGGACGAAGUUAAGGAAACAGCAAAGGGAGUAGCCAACUCUGCUAUGGUUGUGGCGGCACUUGUUGUUACCGUCGCUUUUGCUGCAGCUCUCACUACUCCUGGUGACAAGAACAAUGCUUGGUUUUCUGUAUUCAUCAUUACAAAUGCAGUUGCAUUGUUCACUUCUUCUUUAGCUAUUGUCUCUUUCUUGUCAAUUUUCACUUCAUCAAGAUUCAAAGAAAGUCAUUUCGUCAUCUCACUAUAUCCAAACUUGAUUAUUGGGAAACUUCUCUUGUUUAUCUCUGUCAUCACUAUGGUCAUGGCAUUUGCUGCAGCUACCUUCUUGAUAUUUGAUCACAUAGACAAGGGCCUUGCAAAUGUAGUGGCUUCUUUCGCCCUUCUCACAAUAAUUAUGUUUCUUGGGCUUCAGUUAAACCUUUUCGAUGGUUUAGUAAACUACUUCGUGUCAAGAUAUAUAUGAUCAUGUACCAACAAGUUUGCUUGUGAAAUAUAUAGUCAAGGUUUUCCUUGAAUUUGUGACAAUUAUACAUGUGUGAG